AGCCCCCUCGGGAGCGGGGGGACGCGCCUGCCGCCCCGGGCGGGCCCGAGCUGUGGCGGGUCGGGCCCCCCUGGCCGCCCCCGUUCCCUCCGCGCUGUCGCUCCGGUUGGGGCCGCGCGGGAGACGCAGCGGCACAGCGGGCUGCGGGGCCGGGCGCUGGGGUCCGGUCCCGCGGCCGGUGCUGCGCGGACGGGCAGCACGCAUGGGGUCUCGGAGCGUCCCCGGGUGGGACCGGAGGACACCUGCUCUUUGCACUGAUGGAGACUUUGGGGGAGCCUCAUGCUUCUGCCCCUUCCAGUUCACGCGGGGCUGGAAAGACGCCCCUCGUCUCCUGUGCGUUAUUGCUCCCUGCGUCCCAGCGGUGCCUGGUUGAGCCGUUUGCCCUGCAGUUGUGGGGCGGCCCCGGAGCUCGUCCUGGCGGCCUGGGCUGCGCAGGGCGCUUCUGCCUAGGUGAGGGUCGCCCUCGCGGCGCUGAGCUAGCGAUGCUGCAGGAGACCCUGCCGAGCCCGUGCGGAGGAUGCCGAGGCUUUGUGUUCUCCCUGGCAUCAGCAGAGCAGCCCGUAAGCGUGUGGCGGGGAAGGCAGGUGCGUUUGCACAUCAUGCUGCCCAAAAGCAGCUGAGGAACCUCUAUGGAGCAUGCUCUUCCCAGCCACCAGGCCAUGUCGCGCCGGAGCAUUCCCCGGCCUGCCUGGGUGGAGCCCUGCGACUUCAGGCUUGUGCCCAGCCCUCGCCCGGCUUGCUCCAGGUGAGAGCUGCCUUGGACUUUGCACUGCUCAGUGGGGAGCUCUCGUAGGCCCUUGCACAAGUCCGCUCGCGCCUCGAGGAGCUCAAGGAAGCACAUGCCGGCGGAGGCCCGCUCCUCGACGUCUGUUGGGCGUCACAGCCUUGCCCGGUGCUGCGCACGAGGAGGCUGGUGUGCUCAGCUCUCCUUGGCUCCCAAGGAGAGCUGCCCUGCUGUGGGUCCAUCUGAACUGGUGGAUGUGGUUUCUCAGGACAGAAACUCUAUGUAAUUGAAGCUUCUUGAAGCGUCUGCUUGGCUCCGUGUUUAAAAUGCCAGCGGGGGCCUCUCAGGGAGGGGGAAUGGCUGUGGGGAGAGCUGCAGCAGGAGCAGGCUGGUGCCCACUCUUUGGGCCCUCUUUAUUUCAAGCUGUUGGUUUGAAUGCCAGUUCCUGAUGUGUUGCUGGAAUCCCCCCUUUCCCCACUGGUGACACCCCACAUCUGCCUGUCCCAGGAGCCGCUGCAGUGCCGGCUGCUUGGGCACAGCAUGGUACGAGCCCAAGCCUGUCCUUGAGCAUCCCCUUGACCCACAGUGCAUGGCCUUGUGGCCACUGCGCUGCUGAGCGUAAAGCAAACACAGGGAGCUGUGAGGGCUCACAGGGUUGCUGCUCCGAGUUGGAAGAGAGCAGGGGACGCGGCAGGGUCUCCGGCAGCCAGGAGAGCCUGGGCAGGGAUGCAGGGAGCAGGCUCAGCGGGUUUGUACCCCCGCCUGACGCACGGUGCCGAGGGCUGAGCGAGGUGCCCAGCCCCAGGUGGAUCAAAGGCAGCUCUGGGGGAAUGCAGUCUUGUUCGCUGGUGACUCACAGCUGUGGGACUCCUUGUUGCAAGACGCUGAGUCAAAAGAGUGAAGGAGGGCUUGGGAGAUCGCCCUCCCUCCAAGGCUGUGGGCUGGAGCCGCAGGAAAAGGCUUUUUGAGUGGGAGGAUUUCACUUCCCUCCAAAUGUCCAGCGCAGGUCACAGCUGGGAGCCUCUUAUUAGAUGCUGCCUUCGAGGGGAGCCAGCCUGCACAGGCAUAUAUGUGAGAUGGGCAGGGGCAGAGCGGCAUGGCCCUGGGGAUGCCAAGCCCGGGGCGUCCCCCGGACCCCCGCACAGUCAGCAGCAAGGCUGAGCCGGAGGCAUGGGCUGCACGUCCCUCGGCCGGCUGCUGCUCCGUGGUAGACCUCCUGCCUGGCUGGGUGGCUCCACCGGCAGACAAGACGCAUCUGUCUGUCCGUUGGUUGCUGCUGACUCAAAGCUGCAGGACGGCGUUUGGCAGUGCAGGGCGUGUGAGUGUUAAUGCGCUUCCCGGCUCCUCUGAUGGCUCCUGGUAUCUCCAGGAGGGCUUGCCAGGAAUCGCAUCCAGUCUGUGCUGUAGCUGACUGCCAGCAGGGCUCUCUGCGUCUGGCUCUGAGGGGGAGCCAGCUCCGGCCAAGGGAGGAGGCUGGAGACAGCGAGCAGUAAAACUGCUCUGCAGCCUGUUCUGCUUGGGAGGGGAGGCUGUGCCGUUCUGCGCGGUCUGACCGGCCUGGCUGUGUGUGCGCGUGGGGCAGCGAUGCGCCAGGAUCACCAGCGCGGUCCCUGCAUGGCGUCAGGCUCUGCUUUGAGAUGGAGAGCCCCGGAUAUAGGGAGUCCAGGCUUGUGCCUCCUGCCCAGCUCCGAACGGCCACAAACUGUUGUUCUUUGGGGGCGCCGUAUCCGUGCGUGAUAACGGGACUGCACAGACGUCCUGGUGCCUGUUGGUUUUUCAAAAACGUUCAUGAAGACCUGGGUCUGCUCGCUGUGGAGGGGCGAUGGAAGAACAGAGACUUCCAGCUCUAGAGAAAGAAAGGACUGAAGUUUUUGAUGUAAAGCUGAGGUGAGCUGAGCAUCGGGCUUCCUAGGGACCUAAAAAUAGAGCAGAGAGUUCAUCACCAGGGCAAGCUGGGCCAGGUGGAUGCAGGAUGGAGCUGCAUCACUGCGGGAACCUUGACUUUGAUUUCCAGCCUGGCUGCUGAGAUGCUGCUGCUCAGACCUCUGGGUUGCAGAGGGCUGGAGUCGGGCUGAGCCGUAACGGAGAUGCCUGCCCUGUCUGAUGGGGGCACGUCCGCGAGGACAAAAGCUCCGGAGGCUGGGGAUUUGGGCACGUGGCUCUGGUGUUUGUGCGUUUCCCAGCUCGUGCUCCCAGGGAAAUGCCAGGGUUGCAGCAGGCUGGCUGGGGGAGUGCCCUGCCUGCUUUCCCCCCGGUGCGUUUCCCCUCUCUGUGGAAGAGGAUUUCAAAGGAUGGGCAGGUCUGGCACUGGGGCCAGGGGUGUUUUGUCCUGCUCAGGCUUGUGCAAGCUGCAGUACCUGCAUAAAACACAGGUGCACUGCAUCACACACAGGCUGCUGUGUGACCUUGGCACCGGCGUGCCGGGGUUUAGGUGCUGGGGACAGCCCUGGAUCUUGGGAGGAGUCCGAUCCCUGGGAAAGGGCCUGGGCUCCCCCAGCCUGGGGCUUGGCUGGAUUUUCCCCCAUGCUGUUUUGGGGGGAGGAAGGCUCGCUGUCUGUUCCCUUUGCAGCUCUGGGAGGGAGGUGUGCUCUCCCAGGGCUCCUGGCCUUGGUCCUGUUAUCUUCCCUGGCCACAUUAUCUCUGCGUGAGCCCAUCUGCAAACAGUAACUCAAAUGCUGUCUCGUGCCGGCGACACGGCUCCUCUGCGCCUUUGCCUCUGGCCGAGUCUGCGAUAGCAGAGGGCGUGCGUCCUUGCGGCCCUGCUCGGGCAGGUUGGCCUCCAGUCCCUGCCCUCGCCAGGCAUCUCGCCUGCUGCUGCCCUGUCCUGCACCUUGCUGCCUCCUUCCGAAGUUAUCGGGCGUUACCCAAAGGUCCCUGAAGCUGGCUGAGGGGUCUGGAGAGAAUGGGGACUGGGAAACUGAGGAAACAGUAGCAACAGAGUUGUUUUGGUCCUGAAUCACGAGCCCAGGCUUAUAGCAGAGAUGUCUGGUCAAGGACUGGCAAGGACAGCCGGAUACAUCCCUGUUGCUGAGUCCUGCAUGUUUGUUACAAAUUUCGUAACGUUAUGGGUUUAUCUAAAGAGCCAACAGCGGGAGGCAGAGGAGCAUGUGAUGGUCCAUGGGAUGUGGGGGAGAAGCCUGCUUCUCCCUUCCCUGUUGUGCGUAAGAGGAGCACAGUAUCAAACAGAUCCUGGGAAUUUCUGGAGUUUUAUUAAUUCAUCCUUACCAAUCCCAUAACCUCUGAGCGCACGAGGUGUGAAUUUUUGGUAUGGUGGCAUCUGUGGUGAUUGAAAGGGUCUCGGAAGUGGCAUUGUACAGUGUAGGGCUUUGUGCAGUGUAGUGGGCUGGUCCAGACCUCUCCCAAAAAGCAAGGAAGAAAGGUCCCGUGUGCUGUCUUCUGACCUGCAGCUUGGCUGCGUCCGACCGCCCCCCUCUGCACGUUUGCAGGAGGGUUUGGAGGUGCUGGGGUUGUUGCUGUGUGUCCAGCUGCUGUUCAUGACACAGCUCUGGCAGAGCACAAGCCUGUUGGACGUCUGUGUGUGCUGCGGGGAGUGUGCAGCCUCCCAUGGGCCUCGCGGAGAUUGCAGCCGGCUCUGGCAGCUGGAGACGGCUGGUGGUGAUGGGAGACCCCACGGUGAUGGUUUGCAAAGCGUUUACCUGGUUCCCCCUGCUGCUUGCCAGUGCUUCUCCCUUGAGGAGGACGACUUGAACUUAACAUCACUGGAUGCAGAAACCAUCCUGGAGGCUGAAGAGAUCCUGGGGACGAUGCAGAACUACCUUGACUCCUCUGUGAUCUCCAUCAUCGAGGACCUCUCCCUCAGCGAGCAGAACAAGGCCUGCCUGGAUGCACAGAAUGAGCUGUCCCUGCUGACUGCCAUCACGGAGAUCCUGGACAGCACAGAUGAUGAGACCUUGUCCCCCUUUGACACCAUCAUGGACGCAGAGCUGCUGACUUCGCCUCGGGAGCGGGAGAAUCCCUCGUUUCAGAAGUUUCUCAGCUUAUCCCGGCCAUCCCUUGAGCGUGAGAGCCCUGCCCUGGAGCCUCCCAAGGGUCUCAGGCCUCUGAGCGGUGGCAGUGUCUCUGUGGUUGGGAAGACCGACCCAGACCUGAUUUGGGACCGUGCUGCUCACAGCCUCGAGGACCCAGCACUACCAAAGAAGCAAGUCUGCAGCACUCCACGGGUAGAGAGGAAGCUGGGCCGGCACUGGGCCCGAGAGCAGCCCCUGCCGCAGCGCAGUGACGGAGAGGAAGAGGAGGAGGAGGCUGCUUUGAGCCCAGAGCUAGACAGCAGCAUGGAGGCUGCAGAGUUUUGCGUGAGCGAGGCCAGAGCAGUGCUGGAGGAGCGUGAAGACCCCUGUAUCAUCAACACAGGAGACGUGUCCCUGAGCGAGCUGGUGAAGUCCAUGCACCCCUACUGCCUACCCACCUUCACCGUGUGCCUGGACCCUGAGAGUGAGCCCGUGGCCAAGGAGCUCCUGAAUGGUCCUGUCUUGUUGGAAAUUGUGCCUGGUGAGGGGGAGAGCAUGGAGAUCCCUGUGGUCCUGCAGCCGUUGGCCCCUAGCUUCCCUGACCUGGAACCACAGCUCCUGGGAGCAGAGAAGAGUGCUGAGGAGUCAACUCUGGAGGAUAACAAGGGGCUGCAGGGAGCCCCUGCCCAGGAAAACAAGUUGGAGGAGGAGGAGAAGAGGCCACUUGAGAAGGAACCUUCCUGCACAACCCCAGAGAGCAAGUCCCCACCGGAGAUGACAGCACCUGCAGCCGGUCACCCAGAGAGCAGCUCCCAGCGCAGCACAGAGAUGCUGGCUGGUGGGAAGCGCGAGGGCUCUGAGAAGGGCCGCGGACGCGAGAGAGCAAGGAAGAGUCGGAAAAAGAAAAUGGAGGAAGCCCAAAGUGAGCAGGCCAGGCCAGGCAGGGACUGCGUGGCCCACCGGCUCCGCUCAGCCAGCUCCACGCGGCCCCAGGCCCUGGGCCAGCCGCCCACCAGCCAGCGCCGGGCAGCGCGACCCUCCAUCCAGGUCUCGGACUUCCUGGCCAAGCAGCUGGAACGAGCCAGGAAGGAGGGACAAAUGGAGCUGCGUGCUGACCGGGCCCCGCGGCCCCGCGGCAGGCCCCGAAGCACAGCGGGGGCCUCCCUACCUAAAAAAAAGCACCUGGAGCCUCAGAAGGAGCCGGAGCUGGAAGCAGUGAGCGCGGCACUGGCUGCAGAGAAGGCUGAGACCAUGGUGCUUUUGGAGAAGGCUGCACCAAGCACGGAGGACCUGCUGGCAGUGGUGCAGCCCAGCCCAGCAGAGCAGGAUGAGGCCAAGGGGGACGCACAGCUGCCUGUCAGUCAAGAUACCAGGAACUCGGAGGCUGCCUCUCCGCUCCGCAGCGGGGAGCAGGGUGUGGGCAUGGAGCCCCCCCAGAGCCUGCAGGCGGCAGAGCCAGGCGAGGGCCUGCCCAAGGAAGCCAAGCCCAAGGCCCUGAGCCUGCGGGAGUAUCGCAUGCGCAUGCUGCAUCGCCAGCCCGGCCCCGGCAGCAGGAAGGACAGCGAGAAGCAGGUGGCCAGCAAGUGGCCCAGCAUCCCAGAGCCACCGACUGAGCUGGCAGAGAUCCCCUGCCUGGUAUCACCCACGCGCCCGGCCGCUGAGACGGCCGGCACCCAGAAGAGCCCGGAGAAACCCGCCAGCCCUGUUGCUGUCUCUUCUCCCGCCAGCAAAGCUCCCACCACUUCGGCUCCAGCUCCAGCGCCCCCGGCUGCUCCACUGCCCUCCGCAACACCGAUGCCUUUCGUCGCACCAAACGUGCCCCCAGCUGCGGGGGUGGCCCCCGCGGGGAUGCCACCAGCCUCUGCCGGUGCUUACGCCCUCUACCCAUCCGUGCCUUCCUGGCCCUGCUUCGGCCCGCAGCCCGUGGGCUGCCACGGUUUGCCCCCGCCGCCCAAUGCCGGCUCACCCAAUACUUUUCACAUGGUGCCUGGCCUCCCGCCUCCGGCCAUGGCCUGGCCUCCGCCUGCCAUGCCGCCCCCACCCCCCUUUGGCCCUGGCACCCCCUAUGCCCCGGUAGGCUGGGCCCCCCCAUCCUACUGGCCGGGAAUCCCGCUGCCACCCCCAGUGCCUCCCCUGGCAUAUGGAGACCCAGGAGCUGCCCUGCAGAGCGCUGCAGCCGCUGCUGCCUUCCCAGCCGGCAGCCACCCCGGCGCAGCCCUCCUGCAUGGGCAGCCUCCCCCGGCCCUCGCGCCGGGCUGCCUGGAACCGCCUGCCUUCCCCACGCAGCCGCCUGCAGCCCCUGCCGGCGAGACGGGGGUCGCAGCCAGCCAGGCCAGGCCGGCCAGCAGGGUGUCUGACCCCAGGAGGCAGGCUCGGCUGGCAGGGGAGACCCCCCUCCCGAAGGCCCCGCCAGGUCCUGCCCCUGCCCAGCCCCUGGCAGCCCCUACCCACCCCAGCAGGGCCCCUCCUGCGGCUCCAGCCCAGCAGGCGACAGCCCCCCCAGCUGCUUCCACCCAGCCCCUGGAGGAGCCCCCAGCUCCAGCCUCCACCCAGCUCACGAAGGCCCCCCUGGCUGUCAUCUCUAGCCCUACCGAGGUGUCCCCUGGUGCUGUCCCUUUUGGAGAGUCUCCUGUCACCCACCCCAUAGAGGAGGCUCUAGGGCCAGGCAGGGGUGCAGCAGAGAAGGCCCUGCUGGAGACCAAGGCAGCUGCCCAGCAGGAGCCCCCCAGCCAGAAGACCAUCACCCAGGCCACAGCAGCACCAGUAAAAGCGGGACGAGAGAGCAGCCUGCCUGCCAGGGCACCUCCUGUGCGGCCAUGGAGGCAUCAGCCGCUCAUCAGCCUGGCGCAGCCCAGCGACAGCAGCAAGGACAUCGUGCAAGCCUUCAUCAGCGAGAUCGGCAUCGAAGCCACUGACCUGUCCAGCCUGCUGGAGCAGUUUGAGAAGUCUGAAGCCAAGAAGGAAGAGGCUCCCGUGCAGCCCCCCGAGGACAGGCGGCCGGCGGCAAGCUCUGGAUCCGAGAACCAGCAGGACAGGAAGCCCCCAGACAGCCUGCAGGCCUCUGAGCUGGCCAACGUGGCAGGCCUCACCCCGCCAGCAACACCUCCCCACCAGCUCUGGAAGCCGUUGCCUGCUGUCUCACUGCUGGCCAAGACCAAAUCGCCCGGGUCCGCACCCCAGGAAGGGACCCAGAAGACCACCAAGCUCACAAAAGCCAAACAACUGCCCCAGAGCAAGCUCCAGGGGAAGAGCACGGUGCCUGCCCCGGCUGGCUCAGCCCCCAGCCACGUGUGCUCGGGAGACCACGACUACUGCAUCCCGGGUACGGCGCGGCCGGAGAGCAGCGCCAGCGCGCAGCCCCCUGCCGAGAGCGGCUCCCGCUGGAAUGUCAAACACCACCAGGACAUCACUAUCAAACCCAUCUCCUCCUUAACCAAACGGACGCUGGACCAGCCCAAGCCCACCCCGGCAGCCCCCGCUACUGCCGUGGGGCCCAGCCAGGAGCCCCUGGGGAAGGCCUGCCUAGCCCCCCUGGAUUAUCGGACUAGCGUCCCCAGCAAGGCCAUCGCCAGGGGCAGCAGCCCCCCCACCUCGGUGCUCCUGUCUCCAGCCGCAUCCCCUUGUCGGGACCAGGACAUGCGGACUCCCAGUGCCCAGCCCAGCCAUGCUGCUGCCAAGAGGUCCCUGCGCUGCUACCGGAGACCCCGGGACUCGCCCAGCCCCUCUGCUGGCAGCUGGAGGGCUGGCAGGAGCCGUGCCAGCCGCUCUUUCAGCUCCAGUUCAGAUGGAGCUAGUGAGUCCUCAUCUUCGUCUUCAUCCUCAUCUUCCCGAUCCCGGUCGAGGUCAUUCUCCCCACCACCCAAGCGGUGGAGAAGGUACCACUCAAGAUGCUCCCACAGCUCCUCCUCCCGCUCCAGCUGUGGGUCAUGUGGCAGAUCCCGGGACAGGUCCUCAUCCUCCUCCUCAUCAUCCUCCUACUCAUCUAGGUCCACGUCCCGCAGCCAGUCCCGCUCCCCCUCUCCCCGCAGGAGGAGUAACAGGCGGAGAAGAUACAGUUACGACGCCCAGGACCACUACCAAAGGCAGAGGAUCCUCCAGAAGGAACGUGCAAUAGAGGAGCGGCGAGUUGUGUUCAUCGGCAAGAUCCCCAGCAGGAUGACGCGGUCGGAGCUGCGGCACCGCUUCUCCGUGUUUGGGGACAUCGAGGAGUGCACCCUGCACUUCCGCUCUGAGGGGGACAACUAUGGCUUUGUCACCUACCGCUAUGCUGAGGAGGCCUUUGCCGCCAUCGAGAGCGGGCACAAGCUGCGCCGCCCGGAUGAGCAGCCAUUUGACCUGUGCUUCGGCGGCCGCCGGCAGUUCUGCAGGAGGAACUACGCCGACCUGGACUCAAACCGGGAGGAUUUCGACCCGGCCCCCGUCAAAAGUAAGUUCGACUCCCUGGACUUCGACACGCUGCUGCGGCAGGCACAGCGCAGCCUACGGAGGUAGCAGCAGGCAAGGCGGAGCGCCCGCCCCCGCUUUUAUAUUGAAAUACAAAAGACAAAAAAAGUAUGGAGAGAGAUGAGUUUUUAAGAAAAAGAAAAAGGAAAAAAAUUUGUUUUAUAACCAAUAUUUAAGGAGGACGGGUCAUUUCCCUUUGACUGGAGGGGCCCAGGCGAGCGGCAGCCCCAGGCUGGCCGCAGCCCUGUAAUAAAUGUGGAUGCCCAAACGCCA